AUGUCGGCCAGGAUCUUUGUCGGGGCCGUCCUUUUGGUCCUGUUCCAUGUCGUCGGAGCUCAGACUGUGACCGAAGACUGCGGCAGGGGGUGCUGGCUGGGAGCCGCCGAGGAGAGCGCAAGCCGAGACAACAGAGGCACUUCGAUCUGGACUUCCAGCGGCCAUUUCAGUCAAGAUGCGAGCAGACCUGGCACCGGUACCCGGCCGCUCGCUCACAACGAUCAGCACCAUCUCCGCGUCGCAGCUGAGCAAGACACUUUGAGCACGACUCAACUGGAGCUCACGACCACAACCACCAUGAUGAACAGCCAUCCGGUGCCUGCCAACCAAGAUGCAGGACGCAAGUCAAACGGUGAUGGAGAGAUGGCCACGAUGCACGGCACUGUGGCUUUCUGCGGACUUCCAGGCCAGUCGUGCCCUUCAAGACCCGUCGACGAGCGCGCUUCCACUCGUUACCCGCCUCCCUCAAAAACAACUAGUUCCACACCAGCCAAAGAGCAAAGGAAGCUCCCAACUUCCACCGGCUUCGAGACCGCUGGACCUGGUGUUUCCGUAAGAGGCUGGUCGCUGUCCAAGCAGAAAAGAGGUGAAUUCAACGGUCUUUUGGCAGCUAGACAAGCUGUCGCCGCGACUUCGGAUGCCAUACAGGCAGCAGCCACGACAAUCAUGACUGCAGCAGGAGCGGUGGGGUUCUGUGGGCCGGCGGGUAUGUUCUGCCAGUAUCCAGCGCCUGCGACUGCUGCCGGACUGGAGGCUGAUAUCAAAGUGGUGAUCACGGCAACCUGGACUGUCCCUCGGUCGACGUCGAGCAGUUCUGGUCAGCCGCCAGCGGGAUUCACUACCACCUCAUCUACGGUGCAGUGGACCCACUCAACCAUGUUCACCCUCCCUCCACCGUACGGUAAUGGACCAAGCGCUCCGGGGGACACGAGCGGUACGCAGUCAGGAACGCGCGAGCUAGGAAAGCUUGCCAUGGUCGUGGCUGUGCUGCUCGCAACGGCCAUGGCGAUCAUCUUUUUCUGA